AUGUUCCAAGCCAUACGUGCAGCAUCUGUCUCAGAACCUGUCCAUCGUGCACCAGCCCCUACCUUGCCUCCACCUGCUGUAUUGCUACCUCUUGCUGUUCCAGCUUCUCUCGGCUCUUUGCUCUCGUUGACACAACUUGCUUCCCUUGGACCGAGGAUGAACCUCGCGGACUUUUGCUCUGCUUAUGAACUUUCACAAAUUCUUCAGUCAAAACUCUCAGAUCAUGGUUUCAUGUCUUCGCAUUCCCUUCAUUAUGUCACUGUUGAUGAUUUGCAAAAAGUGGGCUUACUUUGUGGAGAACUUGCUGAGCUCAAGGAUGCAGUUGCCCGCUGGUGUGGUGAAUAA